AUGGACGACUUGGUGCUGCAUGUCCAGAACGAGAUUGCUCUCGACGGCGAAUCUGGCUGCAGCUGGACCCGAUUUUGGUAUUUGGUCGACGAGUUCCGGAGCAGAGGCCAACCACAGGCCAAUACUGCUACCACAUCUGCGACGCCGUCGCUCAAGCAGUCUGACGAGCGGUUUAGACAGUUCUUUUGGAACAACUUUAUCCAGGAGGAUGACACAUAUUUCUAUAAACACACCAAACCCAGCCCAAUUGCUGUCCAGAGCGACGUGCUGAGAGCGUGUUCGGUCCCUUUCAGCGAGUUGGCGUCCCUUGACCCAGAGGAGAUCCACUACAAGGCAGUGAUAAGCCAAUAUAAGGACUCUUUGCGGAUUGUCGCGACUACAGAGCGACAGCGUUCGGCUGUCCUUGGGAACGCGGGUGAGGCCGUCUCUUCGGUCUCGACUCAGGCCUUCCAGAUCCUUCAAAACAUCACCGCGGCACGCGAGCUUGGCGCGACUCAGGCUCAGUUGGCCAAACAUCACGACAUCGACCCACGGAGCAUGUUCCACUUUCUCAAGGUCCUGAUUGAACUGAAACUUAUCGUCAAGAUCCCAGUCACAACCGAAGGAAAGUACACCCUGCUCUGCCUGCAUAAAAAGUUUGCUAAGAAGAAUGCUGGCUACAUCGGAAUGAACUCGGAGGAGACCUUUUCCAGUGCAGGCCGACAGGUGGUCACAGGAGAUGGAGGGAAACGCUUCGAGGGUCUGCUGAAGACGGAGAGCAAGAAGGUCAGCUACUACAGCGGCCUCAUCAAGCAGAAACUGACCGACAUCCUCGGCCGUGCCAAAAAUCAGGUCAUGAUGAUCGAAGACAUCCACAAGGCGCUAGACUUGACCGAUAUGAACACUGUUCAAAAUCGAUGGUUUAAUCGACAGAUUGAGUUGCUGUGCAAGCUCAAGUACAUCAAGCGCGUCCAGGUGGAGGGCCUCAAUCGGUGCAUUCAGCUGCUGCGUCCAUACGGCGCAAACAUGUCCGUAGACCAGAACGAGAAGGACCAGCUGAACUUGAGAAACGUCAUUGCAGACGACACACCACAGAGCGGAAUCUGCAUCGACACGUCGAUCGAGCACCAAGUCUACAAGCUCAUUGUGGAUUCGAAGAAGCAAGGAAUUAUCGCUAAGGAAAUUCGCCAUGGCUUGAACAUGCUGAAUAAUCGACUGCUUGCUCGCAUUCUGGAUACACUUUGCAAGCCGGUCCCUGACUCGGAACAGCCGUUGAUCAACCGCGUAGUGGAGUUUGUUGGUCGGGAGCGUCGUUACCGGUACUACUCUCAGGAUGCCUACAAGGAGGGGAUCACGGAUGACCACAAGGAUCAUUUGGCGCGGACAAAGGCCGCCCCCAGCGCCGCCUCAUCGUCAGGUUCAAAAAAAUCAAAAGAAACCACUCAGGCACCCACAUUGAGCGACACUGCCGCAACACAUCAUCCCGCUACCAAUACCACUGUUGACAGUAUCACUACGGGGGCCCUCGACAAUUUUAGCCAGAAUUCGUCAUCUACUUCGGAAGGAGCUUCUGCGUCCUCGUCAUCCUCGCACCCACCUGUUCCGGCCCCAGUCUCGACUCUCACUAAAGCGUCCUCCUCUGCCAUCCGGGAGAAGUUUGUCUCGGUUGAGGUUCUUCGACGACGGAGGAUCCUGCUGACGAUCAUUGAGGAGAAGAGGAUGGCGGAGCUUCAUUCGUCUCUUGUUAUGGAGUAUCAGACAGUCAAGGCGAGAUUGUACCCGGACCAGGAGCUCUCGAGUGUUAUCGACAGGAAGACACUCUACAGGACUAUCAGCAUCUUGGAGCAGGAAGGACUUGUGAAGUUGUUCAAAAUCAGUAACAUCCCGUCGCCCGGUGGCGGAUUGGUCUCCAAGACGUUUGUUCUUCACCCAGACGUUGACCCAGAGUCGGAUGAGGCUAAAGCCUUUGUCAAAGAUUGUAGUUCCAGGCAUCUCCUCUUUGGGGCCUUGGCCAACAAACCGAUGCAGCGGAUCGAGAAGGUGUCUCUCGAAGUCGAAACUCUGGACGAGAUGCAGCAACGGCUCGGCGGUGAAUUCUACAAGGGUCCGAACGUCCCAUUUGCCGACGUCGGAACGGUCAAGCCCAAGGAGCACGAGAGCAAGACCAAGGUGUACGCUCAGGACGGAGGAGAUUACUCGACCGAAUACGGCUGGAUACACGCCAAGAUGAUGCGCGCCCUUGUAUUCCAUCGGUUCCUCCUCGACAAGAUGGAAGUCCGCGAUAAGAGGCUAUUCACCUUCUCCGUCCGAACCAAUGUAUUCAACACCGCCCCGGUUUUUGAGAUUCUGCCUCUUCGCGUGUUCCUCAUAGUUGUUGGCUUUGUCCAGGAGCCGACGGCGGAGAAUGGAGACUACUUGGAUGCAAACAAGGAAUCCAACGCCGCAUUGUGUACGCUCCCGGACCACAUGCGCCAUAUCACAAUGCCGAAUGCCAACUUCAAGCGGCGUCUCCGCGAGGCUCUCGAGAUCUUGGAUGCUCUGGGACUUGUGUCACCCCUCGAGGCCCCUCCGAAUGGUCAGGAACCCCUCAAGUACGCCCAGAAUCAUCUCGUCCUCAACACUCAGUACGAACUGCAUUUGAAUGUGCGAGCUCCGCUCCAUUCCAUUACUCCAGAGCUCAUCGAUGAGGACCUGGCAGGACGCAAGACCUACGACGUGAUGUCGCCGAGCGGCUGCAAAGAGUUCUGGACAGAUCUCCAAGCUACGGCAUCAUCUAUGAGGGUCCCCGACGAGGGUCCGGUCUCCAAGUCAUCCUUCAGACCGUGGACUGAUAUCCGUGCGACCUUUUUGCGCAACUUGUGCAAUCGUCGUAUCUGGGCGGAUUCUCUCCGAGUGACUCCGAUCCAGCGGGAAGCGCUCAUGAAAUACGUCAACAAGACGACUCGGUUUGUCCCCAACAUCAAGGACGCGAGGAUGAGCACCAUUAUCAAGGAGACAGGAUUGCCCAUUGACCAUGUCGUCCAGUUCUACAAGGCGGUCGCGAUGGCAUGGUACAACGACCCUCUCGCCAGAGACAGUAGCGGACGGACAAGACUGACACGUUUGAGCAAGGUCGGGGCUACUCCUGCGAGCCUGAAAUCCAAAAAUGACAGCGUGAGGAAGUUUAAUCGGGAAGCAGAAGACUUUGGCGACGAGAAAGCUGGUAGGAAGGGCAAAGAAAAGGAGGUCUUGUCAAAGGACGAUGCGCUCAGGGACCUCAAGGAGCAGAAAGUGUCCACUACAUCAAGGAGUCUUGUCCCAUCUUCGUCCGCCCGCCCAGGCAGCAGUGCUACCGCGCCGAAGAAGCCUGCUGCAUCCACAUUGGAGAUCGCGGACAAUAAUGGCUCCAUCAAGACUCCAGGAGGCUAUGCGGUCGGCCAGCCCAAGAAGCAGCGCGCUGCAAGGGUGCCUUGGACGGAUGCAGAGGACGACAAGAUGUUGCUGGCGAUGGCAAUCACACGAUACAUCUCGAGAGCUCUCAACCUUCGUUUCAGUUGGCAUGGUGUCUCUCGCGCGCUGGAUGGACAUCGGACGCCUGAGAUCUGCCGCCAUCGGUACGACAAGCUAAUGAAAGAGACAACGCUCUCAAAUCGUGUUGAGAGUUACAUUGUCCAGUUUGGCCAAGCCUUCCCGGAAAUCUCUCAACGGUUCUCUGUUGAUCCCAACCUCCAGUUCUUCGAUCCGCGCCCCAUCAUGACCUACUUUCGACCUACUUUGGAACAGCCAGCCGGUUCCGAGGCUAUACCGUCUGAACCCCUGCUUGCAGAUCCCGAAGAUAUCGAAAAGUUGUAUCUCGUUCGUCACUCAGAUCCGUAUUCCAAGCUGUACGUCGAGGACAGACUUCAUGCCGAAAUGUCCCUACCUCGACGCAUGGUAGUACUGACGCAGGUCCCCGCAACCCUGCGAUCGAGUAUCGAGAAGGAGCUUGAUGAAAGGAGUGAUGAUUUGAGUAAGUCCCGCAGUGUCGAUAUUUCUCUGGAGAGUCAAGGGGAUCGUCGUGUUGUCACGGUUAAGGUUCGAGAGGAACGACUAGCCCAGGAACACGUCAUCCUCGGAGUUAUCAAGGCCAUUUACAGCAUGCCUCGGGAGAAGCGAACCAAGGAGCUCACUCGCGCGAUUCUGGAGUCGUUCCCCUACGACAAGUUGAAGGACACUUGCUCGUUGGCGAAAGACUGGAAGGUGUUGUCGAGUGUAAAGUCGAUGUCGUAUCGAAUCCCCGGUCAAAAGGUCCGACGCGCAGAGCGGUUCACGCUGGUGAUGGCAGGAUCGGUUCCCAGAAAGAUGACCCUUGCGGCGGCGGAGGUGGAUGAUUUUUCUCGCAAGACCAAGGAACGGCUCUUCCAGGUCGACGCCGGACCUUCUGAGAUGAUGGUGCUUAUGAACGAAAUCGCCACGGAUGGGAUGGAGGUUUCGAUGAGACCGCCAAGCAACGAAACGGGAGCUACAGGAACUGAUGAUCAUGGUGUGAUCCUGCACUUUGAUAUACUGCUGAAGAGCAAGAGGGUCUCUUUGCCAUCAAUGACUCGUGCAGCAAUGACCGGGAACCAGAAGAAUCAGGAAGGCGCAAAGGCAUCGGGAGUUGACCUGCGAGGAGAGGGCAUCCAGCUGCUUAUUGCGCAGGGUGAAGCAUCUGAAUCUGGUACAGAGACUGCGGUGGAUCCUUGGGCAAUAGCUCGAGAUUGGUCAGCCAAGGAGCUGGCGGGGAUGGUUGAAGGCUGUCAAAACAAGGAAACUGGCCGCCUGAGCCGAACCGUCUAUGACGUUAUCUCGUGCUCUGAGAACUCUGGCAUGCUCUUGCAAGACAUCAAGGACGCUGUGGUUCGAGCAGGAUUUACUGCAUCGGAUCAAGAGCUCAUGGGAUGUAUCCGAACGCUUGAAGGAGGUGACAAAGCAGUCCUGAUGAAGGUUGGCAUGGCUCAGCGCCGAUAUGUGGUGUUUGGAUGGCACCAGACUUGGACUGUUGACUAUAAGACGGCGGUUAGGCGGGCUGGUCUUGGGGAGGAGGGGUUCAGUGCUGCAAGGAACCCAUCAGCCUGUCCUUGGAGCUGCCUAGUGCCUCGUAUGUGGAGGAGCCUUGAUGGUGGUUUCGACAAAUCGACUUUCGAGAAGGCUCUCCAUGCGGUUCUCACCUACAUCGUUGACCGCCCCGGUGUCUCGAAGGGCGCGCUGUUGACCCAUUUCCACAAGAUUGUGUUCGGUACAGAGAUGGAGGAGCUACUUGAGGAGUUGGAAGAGCGAGGCGCAAUUGAGGCGCGACACGGUAUUCAGCCCAAGGCACCGUCGCUGUUCUCGAAGAGGGGCGUGUAUGUUCAAUGUGACCGGGACACGAUUGAUGCUCGAAAGGUGACGAACCUGUUUCCUCAACCGUCAUACUAUCUUUACAUUGACACGGCCCUUGUUGAGGUAGCUAGAGAGGGCAAGUCUCCGAAACGUCAUAAUCAACCACGCCAAGGACCAUCGGCAGGUGGACCUAGGGAGAGCGAGGAAGGCGAUUUGGAUGAGGAGGAGGAAGAGGACGACGAUGAUGAUGACGAUGUCGAUGGGGAUGGAGAGGACGAGGAAGGAUAUGAGGAUGAGAAGGAGGACGAAGAGGAAGAGGAAGACGAAGAUGAGGAAGAAGAGGACGAGGAUGAAGAGGAGGUUGAGAGGUUGAGCAAGAAGUUGCGGUCGACCCCCUACGAUCCUCAUCCCGGCCCAUCCGCCAAGACCGCUCAGCUCCAGCAGCAGGUCAACGAUGUCGUUGGAAUCAUGCAACAGAACAUUGACUCUGUCAGGGACCGCGGCGAGAAGUUGGACACCCUUCAGCACAAGACAACCGACCUUGAGCAGGGUGCUGUCCAGUUCAGAAAGGGAGCCUCUGGCGUCCGUCGUCAGAUGUGGUGGAAGAACAUGAAGUGGCGCCUGAUUGUGGCCGUGGGAGUCAUCCUGUUACUCGUCAUUAUCAUCGUCCCCAUCGUCAAAUCACAAAAGUGA